AGGCAACAAUUGAACAGUCUGCCUGCCGACCCUCCGACCCAAUCCACCACUCUCGCUUGCUCUGUCCAGCUCCUUCCGUGCCUGGUAAGCGGCCCCAGCCUCAGCAGUACCCCAGGACUGACUGCCAGAGACAAGCCAGUGGGGUCCCAGCCAUGGCAACCCAAGAGACCCUGCACGUGAAGACCCCUGUGCGUGACAGUAUGGCACUGUCCAAGCUGGCCGGCACCAGUGUGUACCUCAAGAUGGACAGCUCCCAACCUUCCGGCUCCUUCAAGAUCCGGGGCAUUGGGCACCUCUGCAAGACGAGGGCAAAGCAAGGCUGUAAACAUUUUGUCUGCUCUUCAGCAGGCAACGCAGGCAUGGCAGCUGCCUAUGCUGCCAGGAGGCUGGGCAUCCCGGCCACCAUUGUUGUUCCCAGCACCACACCUGCCCUCACCAUUGAGCGGCUCAGGAGUGAAGGUGCCGAGGUUGAGGUGGUGGGCGAGACACUGGAAGAGGCCACGCAGCUAGCCAAGACCCUGGCAAAGAACAACCCCGGCUGGGUGUACAUCUCCUCCUUUGACGACCCCCUCAUCUGGGAAGGCCACACAUCGCUCGUUAAAGAGUUGAAAGAGACGCUGAGCGCCAAACCAGGAGCUAUCGUGCUGUCUGUGGGAGGCGGGGGCCUGCUGUGCGGAGUGGUCCAGGGGCUACGGGAGGUAGGCUGGGAGGAUGUGCCCAUCAUUGCUAUGGAGACAUUUGGAGCCCACAGCUUCCAUGCUGCCAUCACCGCUGGCAAGCUGGUAACCUUGCCCAAGAUCACCAGUGUUGCCAAGGCCUUGGGUGUGAACACCGUGGGCGCACAGGCUCUGAAACUGUUUCACGAACACCCCAUUUUCUCUGAAGUCAUCUCGGACCAGGAGGCUGUGGCCGCCAUCGAGAAGUUUGUGGAUGAUGAGAAGAUCCUGGUGGAGCCUGCAUGUGGGGCGGCACUGGCUGCCGUGUACAGCCAAGUGGUGGACAAGCUGCAAGGUGAGGGCAAGCUACACUCUCCGCUGGCAUCACUGGUUAUCGUUGUCUGUGGGGGCAGCAACAUCAGCCUGGCCCAGCUGCAGGCACUCAAGGCACAGCUGGGCCUGAGGAACCGGCUGCCUGAGUGACUGGCUCUGUCUACACCCCUGGCAGACAGCAAUGGCCAAUCCCUCAUGCCACCCACCACUGCAGGAGGGACAGAGAGCCAAACCACUUCCAUACCUGUGACUGCCCUCAGCCACCCUUGCAAGGUGACAUCUGCCCACAAGUAAUACCAGGGGCCCAGGACAGG